AUGGCCAGCCAAAUAAGCAAAACUCAGGCGAAGCACGUCGUGCAGGGGCUUGCAGAGCAAUGGGGUUUCCUGGACAAGGACAUGAUGGAUGACAUCGAGCGACUAGCGAAAGAACUGUACAGCAGUAAUGCGCGCUUCAUCUUUGAGCUCCUUCAAAACGCGGACGAUAACAAGUUCUCCGAGGCGAAAAAGGCGGGCACAGUGCCUCGCAUCACUUUUAAAGUAUACGAUUCCCACCUUGUUGUGGAAUGCAACGAAGACGGCUUUACGGAGAGGGACUUGACGGCGAUUUGUCAUGUCGGUCAAAGUACCAAAUCUAGUGACUACGGAUACAUUGGCGCGAAGGGAAUCGGGUUCAAGUCAGUUUUUAUCGUGGCUACCGAGGUUUAUAUCCAGUCCGGAAACUUCUCUUUCAAGUUUGAGAACAAGAAAGACGACCCAGGACUUGGCAUGGUCCGGCCGAUUUGGGUUGACUCAAGCGAAACGCUGGCUGCGCCCCUUACGCGUAUGACACUUUGCUUGCGCGACGACGAGCCGGGCUCGGGCGAUCUGCGAAGCCACGUAGUCAGCCAGCUGGAUACUUUGCAAGAAUCUUGUUUAUUAUUCCUGAAAAAGCUACAGUGCAUCAGGACCGAACAUUACAAAGACGGCCGUCUGUUGAGGAGCACAGAACUCAAGAAGGCCGUCAUUGACGAUUUUCGUAUUCGCGUAAAUCGCUCCUCUGUCUCUGAUAAGCAGGAGGCGAUCAAAUCCCAACUGUACCACGUCACCAAGUUGAAGGCCCAUGAUUUGCCGUGGAGCCAGGGUCGCAGCUCUCCAACGUCGGAGAAUGCCAGAGCCAACGCCUCAAGUGCCGAGGUUAUUUUGGCGUUCCCUCUGACAGAGGAAUUUGCUCCGCUGUGCGCAGAUAGACAGCAUCUCUUUGCUUUCCUGCCUCUCGGUGAACACGGCUACAAGUUCAUUAUUCAUUCCGACUUUGAUACUAAAGUCGACCGUGAAGGGAUCGUCAUUACAUCUAAGCGCAACCAUGCACUUCGGAAAUGGAUCGCAGCAGCCUUUGUUAGCGCCAUCGUUGAGUUCUGCGAUCAUCCAACUCUAUGCUACCAGUGGCCUCUGUUCCUACCAGAUUUGGAGGAAACAAAAUGGGACAGCUUUUGGGUGGGCUUGAAUUCUGAAAUUCGACAGCAAUUGAGCGAAGCCGAGGUUCUGAGGUCGCGCACAAAACGCCAGCCCCGACGCAUCAGAGAUAUUCGGCGCCUUCCCGAGGAUGAACAGCUCGAUGGCGAACCGCUGUUCACCGACGAUGAGAAGGAUAUGUUUAUCUCUCCAAGAUAUCAGCUUACGACGUUAAACAUCUUAAUGGAUUACGGGCUCACUUUUCUGAAUCUCAAUGAGUUCUUUGACUUCGUCGAGAAAGAUUUGAACAGUCCAGAGCCGCGUCUACACGGCCAUUCAACUGAGGCGUGGCAAUCUGCUGUUGCCAAGCUCUUUUGCUCAUGGUUGGACCAAAAGCUUGCCAUUGCGCAGCGACUCAAAUCACUUUCAUUGAUACCUUUGGCUAAGAGGACUUGGACCAGCGCAAACACAUCGACUGUCUACUUUCCAACAACCAAGGGUUACACUAUCCCGCACUGCCUUGAUCUCGACAUUCUGGAUCCUGAUGCAAUGGCUCAGCGCGUCUACGACCUCUAUGUCGCCAUAGCGGCAAAACAUGCAGCUCAGAUAGAUUCAGCAAGUACAGCAACAAAACUCAAGAAUUACUUCUAUGAGAAGGCUAUUCUUGUGCCGUUGGAAGACCAGACUUGCUUCAAGCAUACGAAAGAUUGCGUCUGGCAGGGGCCAGCCACGUUGCGUACGAAGCAUGCCUUGCGACCGCUAUUGUCGAGAACCGUUGGCGACGGGCAGAUGGUGUACAUUGAACAGCUGUUUCACAAAAUUGUAGGUAUCCCGUCAACAUCUGCUGAGGACAUUAUUGCAGAUUUGGAGUACAUAAGAGACAAGGUUGAAAAUACCGGGGACAACGAUGAGGAGAUCACUGAGCUUUACAAAUACCUUGACAGGGCACGGUUUUCGGCACCGAAGCUGAGAUCCAUUCUCACUCAGAAGCCUCUUAUUAUGGUGAUUUCUCACGGCGAACGUGGUUGGUACAAGUUGUCGGAUACUCUCUGGUCCAGCUCAGCAGCCAUUCGUGGCAAAGUAACACUCGACACCCAAUAUGAGGAGCUCGAGGGAUUCUUUGUCUCUAAGCUUGGAGUAAGAUCACUGACGCUAGAGAUGGUGUACGACGAGUUGAAGCAGGAGCCGCAAACAAAUUCCGUCGAGGACGUUAACGUGGCGAUGCUCGCACUGAGCGAUUUCCUUCGACGUGAGCGCACACGGCUUGAUCCCAGUCCUCUGCUAAGAGCAAAGAUCUUUCCCGUUAAGUAUGGCAAUAGCGAGCCAGUCCUACGUUCUGCUAGUGCCGAUUUCGCAAUUUCUGACCGUGCGCAUUUACGUGAGCAUUUCUGGGGCAGAGUCGCAAUGUUGAGCUUUGAUUUGGAGGAUAUUCACAAACUACGGCCGUUCUUCGCUUGGACUGAACUUGAGGGGCGAUUCCUGUCUAACAGCGUCAAGGACAUUACAUCUGUCCUACCGAAUUCGGGCAAGCCUAUCAGCGCAGCCGGCCGCGAUCUCCGCCGGAAAGCCUACUUCAUACUUCGAGUUGCAGCGACAUGUGGUAGCCCAAAGUAUCAUGACAGCUACUCGGAGCUGUACCAGCUUCUUCGUGAUGCAGAAACAAUAGAAACAGAUGGCAUACACACUAGCUUGCAGCUGUCGCAAAAUGGCGAAGCGGUAUCGAUUGAAGAUUCAUCCCCGAACGUGUUCAUUGAUCAUGAACCACCGCAUUUCAAGGUGUACGUGCCGAAACAAAAGAAAGCCCAGACUGUGGCCUUUUCCUCGGUGCUGCCUCGGAAGCUCCUGUGGUGGCUCAUGGAAUACCCCGAAGGACACAUAGAGGAUCAUACCGACACUGCAGCCAUCAAUGCGUUGAGUCUCGUAUUUGCGUGCGAUGUACAGGCUCUCGACGAUAUUUUGGAUCGACAAAGCAUCCUCAGGAUAGAGGUGGAUAACGUGGACCAUCUAGAGUCUGAGGCUGAAGAGGAUGAAGAAGAAGAGGCGGCCGACACUGGGGAUGCUAUCCGUCACUCUGUCUCCAAUAAUGCGCGAACCGAGACUGAAACGCUCGCGGAGGUGUUUGCCCAAAGCCACAUGGCGCGAGACCGGAGCAGUCAGUCGUCUGAGCCGACCAUCAGGCCGUACACGCCUCAAUCCUCCACCUACAGCAUUGCCAGUCCAACAGGGUCAACCGCAACAGCACAGCCUUCAUACACGCCUGCCGCUCUGCCGCUAUCCUCAUCGAUGGGACUAACCCUGUCCACACCGGUGGCCGCCGGCGUGGACGAUGGUCAAUAUCGCACAAUUCUGGAGCGAGUUGUCGACUCCGCACGGUCAGCAUCGUUCCCAUCGAGAGGCGCUUUUAACCUGGACAGCCUGCGCAACGCCCUCUUUGUCGAACUGGGCGGUCAUGUACCGUACAGCUUCAACGGCAUCGACGUCAGUGCGGGGCUACGAUCAGAUACCCAGCUCGAGCGUGACAAAAAGGUCGGAGCGGCUGGCGAGCUUUACAUCUACGAGCUCCUUUCAAGGCUUCGGCUGUCAGGCUGGGGCCUCGGCAACUGGCAAAGCACAAUUCGUACGUAUGUGCGAGCUCAUCCGGAGUACGUGGACCUUGAGCGCUGGGGCCUGAGGGAGACAGCAGACUUUGUAUAUGACGACUCGGCGGGCGACUUUACUAGCGUGCUGAUUGACGCUGGUUACCUUUCGGAAGACUGGCGCAGCGCUCGCCCGAAGUACUACAUCGAGGUCAAGACGACCACGAGCCAUCGCAGUACUCCAUUUUACAUGAGCAGCCAUCAGUAUGACUUGAUGCAGAGCAAACACCUUAGCCAAGACCGAUCGGAGGUAUACAUGAUUCUCCGCGUCUUUGGUCUGAGCGGAGCGCUGGGGAUGUGCGCGUAUCUUGACCCGGAAGAAUUGCGCCAAAACGGGGGACUUUUAUUCAACGCGCUGACAUGGUCGGUUGUGCCUCGCGGCAUGACAACGGACAGUACUCCGCACCUUCAUGAGUGCUCCUAG